AUGCGUGGUCGCGAGGGCGCGGCGUCCGGGGCUGCGGGCUUGCCCGCCCCGGUGCGACCCGGCGCCAAUGGCGUUUCCGAGGUGACGCGCUGCUGGCACCGACUCUCUCUGGGGGCGGGGGCAUCGCCCAUGAACCCUUCGGCGACCUUCUUCGUCCGGCGCCAGAACAUCGGGUCAGAAGUUGAGAAUUCCACCAUUGAGAAACAGCGGAAGGAGCUGCAGCUGCUCAUUGGAGAACUGAAAGAUCGAGAUAAAGAGCUCAAUGACAUGGUUGCAGUGCACCAGAGACAACUUCUUUCAUGGGAGGAGGAUCGGCAGAAAGUGUUGACUUUGGAGGAACGUUGCAGCAAAUUAGAAGGUGAGCUGCAUAAAAGAACUGACAUAAUCAAGUCUCUCAUGAAGAAGGUCAAACUCCUUGAAUCCAAUCAAGCGGAAUGUCAGACAGCUCUUCAGAAGACUCAGCAACAGCUCCAGGAAAUGGCUCAAAAGGCUACACAUUCUGCCCUCCUCUCGGAAGACCUUGAGGCUAGAAAUGAAAAUCUCAGCAGCAUGCUAGUGGAACUUUCUGCUCAGGUAGGACAAUUGCAAGCUAGAGAGCAGGCUCUCACUACCAUGAUAAAGCUAAAGGUAAUUGAAAUGCCAUACCUCCACUCCAGAGCUCACCACACACUCCAUCUCUCCCCAAGUCCUCAGCAGCCCAGAAACAGAGCCUCUAACAUUGCUAAUUUCAUCUUCUCCUUUCAAGGCUGGCCUUUACCUGAGGAAUUUCUCCCUUCUGUUUAUGAAGAGGACCUAAAUGAGAAGACAACAGAAAACAAUGAACAACGAGAAGAGAUCAUUCGCCUCAAGCAAGAGAAAAGUUGCCUGCAUGACGAAUUAACAUUUACUGUCGAGAGAGAAAAGAGGAAAGAUGAGUUACUUGAUAUUGCAAAGUCAAAGCAAGAUCGCACAAAUUCAGAGCUGCACAACCUGAGACAGAUUUACGUAAAACAACAGAGUGACCUGCAGUUUCUUAAUUUCAAUGUAGAAAAUUCUCAUGAAUUAAUACAGAUAUAUGACUCAAAGAUGGAGGAAUCAAAGGCCCUGGAAUGCAGCAGAGACAUGUGUUUAUCAGACCUUGACAAUAACUACCCAAAAAUCGAUAUUAAGAGAGAGAGAAAUCAGAAGUCAUUGGUUAAGGAUCAAAAGUUUGAGGUCGCGUUGGCUCAGCACAAUAGGUCAGACAAGAGCUCUUGUGAUGCAUGCAGAGAGAAGAAGCUACAGGUUAACACUGCGUUUGGGGAAAAAGGUGUAAUUGCUCUCUCGUCUCUAUUUACCAAAGACUUACUGGAGAAACAAAAAUCUUGGUCUCUGGGUGGAAAAAUCCAGACUGAACCCGAAAACAAAGUUACACUAUGCAAGAUUCAUGCGAACUCACCAAGAAGCAAUGGGAUGGAGCUUCAGGUCGAAGAGAAGCAGCUCUCGGAAACGUCCGUCUCGCUGCCUGAUGAGAAGCAGUGGCAUGACAUCAAUGUUUACCUGGGCCUUUCUAACUGCUCGGCCUCAAAGCACCUGGAAAAGCCUGAUGGGAACUGCCAUAACCUCGCAGAUACAGCCGAAAUCUCAUGCUGUGUCCAAAAUGAAGUCUGUGUGGGUGACAAGGACCUGGGUGAAUCCAAGUGCUGCCACCCGAGUAACAUCGUUGUCGAAGCCCCGGGACACAUGACUGACGUGGAGUGGAUGAGCAUUUUCAAGCCUUCCAAAGUGCAAAGAAUUGUUCGCCACAAAACUGUGUGCACUUGUUCAGGAGGUGUCAGCGGCAUGAAGUCUUCAGCAAGUGAGCCCAGUGCCAUCCAGCCUCCACAGUGUUUGGGUUCCUCAAAGUCUGCAGAGAGAGAAGAUGAGCCAGAGCCCCCUCCAGACAAAAGAACCUCAUCCAAGAGUGUGUUCAUCAGCAAAGAUGCAGCAUCGCCCCAUGAAAAGGAUGACUUCUCUCCUACUAGUAAGCUCCAGCGCUUGCUGGCCGAGUCUCGGCAGAUGGUCACGGAUCUGGAGCUGAGCACGCUGCUGCCCAUCAGCUGUGAGAAUCUCAACAGAAGUAAAUUAGAAGUCUCAGAAGAGCCAGAAGACAAAAACACCCUUGUCAGUCAUUGAAGGAAACAAAGUCAACUUGGACAUUCACUGUGGCUAUGUAAGCAGGAUUCUCACUGGAAGGCAGAAAGUGGAUACCAUACUUCACCUGAAGACAAAGAGGAUUGUGAUUCUCACAGAAGCAGCCUUUAUUACAAAGGCAGCAGAAUCCCAAAGUUUACUUUUUAAAGCGACUAUAUUUUGUUUUUGAUGAACCAUUUUUGUGUAAAAAAUAUUUCCAUGCCAAAGAAAUGAGGUCUUACUCUACACACAUGUUUGAAACUAUGCUGAAAGAAAGAAUGAAAAACUCUGUCAAGAUGCAGACAUGGAUUAAUACCAGAGAAGCUCUUUAAACCCGGUACUGAGAACCCGUGCAUGUCAAGUGCUGCUCGAGCUGAUGCCUCCUGAAAACCUGGGUCUAUAUUCACAUGACAACUUCACUUCUCAGAGUCAGCUCCCAGUGUGUGAUGUAGUGUUUUCUUCUCUUAUGGUUUUGGCGCUGGACUUUGUUGUGUGGAUGGGCGUGAGAUAAGAGGGUGUAAAAUGUUUGCAAUGGGACACUGGCACCUUGCUGGCAGUUAAGGCCAGUCAGUCCUCAGGCGACAGCUGCAUCUUGUCUGGCUCUGUAGUAGGCAGUUCACUUACACAAGACAGCACUUGCUGGAAGAUCAAGUUUUAUAUAGAUUUUUAAAAAUACAUUGAAGACUAAAAAUUCUAUUUUAACUUUAAAAAAAUAUUUUUUUUAAAAAAAUUGCACUAUUUGCC